AUGCUGAUGGAGUUAAAAUCUUUAACAGAAAAACAAGAAAACAUACUCGUACAUGAACUUUCACAAUGUUAUCGUAUUGAGCAUUUUGUCGCCCAAUUUCCGAAUGUGGAAACGCGUGAGAAAGCUGUCGAAAUCAUUGACCGAGUGCUUCGCCGUUGUAAACUAGAAUCGAAUGGUGUUGCCUCCCAGCUCGAUGAAGAUGCUCGGAUAUGUUAUGCUAUAUUACAUAUGCUUUCACAUGAAUUAGUCCUUCAAUUUCUCGGUCCAUGUAAACAAAAGUAUCCAAAAUGCAUUCAUUUUUUCAAAUUAAGUGCAGCAAUGAAUGGUUUCUUAAGUCAAUAUGAAGCUACUAUAUAUGAUGCUAAUGCCGGUCUGAAAAUUGAUCCAAACUAUUAUGAAUUAUUGUAUGAUAAAGCUGUUGCAUUGCGUUUAUUAGAUAAAGAUAUGAAUGAAGCAAUCGAAGCGUAUCGCGCAUUUCUUACGAUUGCUCCUAAAGACCAUCGCAAAGUACCUGAAUCAUAUUAUGCAAUGGCCAACUGUUAUUUUGAACUUCACCAACGCGAUAUUUCGACAGAUAUUGUAAAAAAAGUAUAUGAACAAGGGGAAGAGGCAGAGAAAGUACAAUUACCAUGUUUUCUACCUUAUAACUCAAACAACAAAACAGAACUCAAAUUCAUGUUUGAUAGGAAAUCUCCCCCAAAUGUAAAUGUAGUAGCUCCACUUCUUGAUCGCAAAUCGCGUCUUCUUGACCCACAUCGAAUUAGAGUUAUUAAACAACAUCGUCAAUGGCAAGCUGCAUUAUUAGAAGCGAGAAAUGAUUCGAUGUACACGUUGAUGUCUGGCAGUCAUGAACCUCGAGCUCAACAACAAGCAGUCGAAUCAUUAAUUGGUUUAAAACCAAUUUCAUUGAGGGAAAUCGAUCCAACAAAAGAUCAUGUUUAUAAUGGAUAUGUUCUUUCUGUAACAAUUAUCGAAGAUGCAUACUCAUGGACUCCAUCCAUUCAUCUUGUGAUUGAAGAUGAACAUCUAGAUUGUGAACGAAUGUUUAUUUAUGGUUUUCCUGAAGGACAUGGCAAAUACUUAACCAGUAAAGUUUUCACACUUGGUAGUAAAAUGAGCAUUAUGAAUCCAUACUUACGAUUAGGUGGAAGUGAUAUGAAAUCCUCAGUUCGUAUUGAUGACUUUUCAUCAAUAAUUAUGCAAAAUGAGUCUGAACGAGUGUUGAAUAUGUGUCGAUGCUGUGGAACAUCAAAUGCAUUACAUGUUUGUGGUAAAUGCAAGCAAGCACAUUAUUGUACAAAAGAAUGUCAAAUAACGGAUUGGAAAUUAUAUGGCCAUAAACUCAUAUGUAAAAAACAAUAA